AUGGGCUUUUCUUUAGCUCUUGGAAUAUCUGCUCUUGCUCUGCAGAUUAUCCCAAAUCUUACAGUCUGCUGGAGGGUGAGGCACCCUUUUCACGCUGAUGUGGUCAUCACCCGGGCCUUGGUAAUCGUUCCCAGUGUUGCUUGUAUUGUGGUCGUGCUGUUUCUUGUUGGUGGGAUGAAAUGUACCAAGUUUGUUAGUCACAGUGGGACAGACAGAGACAAACUGAGUCUCUGCUCUGGAGCCAUCCUCUCCUUUGGAGGUAUUGCUGGCAGCAUUGGCAUGACUUGGUACACAGCUGAGACAACCAUUAAGUACAAUUUUGAGGUUAGCUUUGGGGUGCCUGGAAUCACUUACUCCUGUUGGCUGGCCUCUACUGGAGUGUUGUGUGUGUGCCUAGCUGGAGUCCUCCUUGUGUCAGCACACUGUCCCAAAAUCAACAGGGAAAAAGAGAAAACAAGUUCCUACUAUCUCUGAGGGAAAAAGAGAAAUCCCACAUUCUGAUCUCUAACUGACCAGUACAAACAUGCCUUGCCAGCAUCCUGUCCUACUAUUGGAAAAAUGUAUGUCUCAUAA